AAAAAAAACUAAACUAACUCGAAGAGUGGACACACACCCAUUACAACCUAAAUUUCCAAUACAUUUGUUUUUAAAAAAAAAAAACCUGAAGCUUCCAGAUUGUGUUAUUCAUGGUUAAAAUAAGUUGGUGUUUGGAAAACCCAAUCUGAUGCUGAAAAUGUUCCUGCUUGAGGUCAGUUAUUUCAUGGUGCUGGGCACUGCCUUCGCGUCUAUAAUCUCCGUGCUGCUGCUACUUGUGGUAUCCCGUCAACUCUGGGCCUUUCGCUGGCACAUGACAAGGGACAGGACGUGUAAACUACCCCUUCCGAAGGGUUCCAUGGGUUGGCCACUGUUCGGAGAAACCUUUCACUGGCUGCUACAGGGUUCCAGUUUUCACAUCUCCAGGAGAGAGAAGUACGGAAACGUCUUUAGAACACAUCUCUUGGGAAAACCUGUUAUCCGAGUGACAGGAGCCGAGAACAUCCGUAAAAUAUUACUGGGAGAACACAAUUUAGUGAGCACACAAUGGCCCCAAAGUACUCGGAUCAUCCUUGGCGCUAACACUUUGGUUAACUCUAUUGGGUACCUCCACAAACAGAAAAGAAAGAUUUUAGCCAAAGUGUUUAGCCACACGGCUCUGGAGUCGUAUAUCCCCCGCAUUCGGGAUGUUGUCAGGACAGAGGUUGAAAGCUGGUGUGCAAAUCGGGGCUCCAUCAAUGUGUACACUUCUGCCAAAGCCCUCACUUUUCGCAUCGCAGCCCGCGUCCUUUUGGGGCUCAAUGUACAAGAUGAUCAUCUGGACUACCUUUCCAAGACUUUUGAGCAGCUUAUGGAUAACCUGUUCUCCCUUCCUCUUGACGUGCCAUUUAGUGGGCUUCGUAAAGGUAUCAAAGCUCGAGAUAUACUCCACGAAUGUAUGGAGAAGAUCAUUGCGGAAAAACUCCAGCAGAGCCAAUCAGAAGAAUACAGUGACGCACUUGAUUACAUGCUGAGCAGUGCCAAGGAACAUGGCAACGAAUUAAAUAUACAAGAGUUGAAGGAGUCUGCUGUUGAAUUUAUCUUUGCAGCCUAUUCUACCACGGCCAGCGCUAGCACCUCUCUGAUCCUGCAGCUCACCAGGCAUCCCUCUGUCGCUGAAAAAGCCAGGCAGGAGCUGGUCUCACACGGAUUUAACGGGCACAGUGCGCAGUUUAUAGGUUGCAAAAACAGAAACUCGCUGCCGACUGCCGUGGUCCACGAAGGAUCAGCAGAAAAGCGGGGUACAUACGAAGAACAUAAUUCAACAACAGAGACUAAACCUCAGAGAGGUUUUGAGGAAACCCACCACAUCACCAUCGGGCCAUCCGAUACCAUGCCAGCUACAGUGGGAGAGGGACACUAUUCUUGUCAUCAACCGUAUUUAAGUUUGGAGAAAGUGAGUCAAUUGCAUUAUCUGGACUGCGUAGUUAAAGAAGUGCUUAGGACUCUCCCGCCGGUGUCUGGGGGCUACAGGACAGCCCUGCAAACCUUUGAGCUAGACGGAUAUCAGAUUCCAAAAGGAUGGAGUGUCAUGUACAGCAUCCGAGACACCCACGAAACAGCUGCCGUUUACCAGAGCCCAGAACUGUUUGACCCGGAUCGCUUUGGAACUGAGAGGGAAGAGGGCCAGGCUGGCCGAUUCAAUUACAUCCCUUUCGGUGGAGGGGUCAGAAGCUGUAUUGGCAGAAAACUGGCACAGAUCAUAUUGAAAAUUCUAGCUGUCGAAUUACUCAAUACAGCGAGAUGGGAGCUCGCCACACCAACUUACCCAAAAAUGCAAACGGUCCCCAUUGUGCAUCCGGUGAAUGGGCUCCAUGUUUGUUUCAAUUACAUAAACUCGCACGAGGAAAACAAUGCGUCUCAGAAACCAUAGCGAGUCUAGAAGAGGUCGUUUGUAAAUAGUAAACGCAAGGCAUCAGAAUUAACUUGUAAUUAUUUAGUGUUUAAAUUAUUUUAUAUAAAUAUAUUUUAAAAAAUAACAGAAGUAUGGGAUGCCGUUGGUGUUAAUGUACUUUAAAACAAAUAUGAAGUAGAAUAAUGUCGUAUAUGCGUUGUGUUAUUGUAUAGAAAUUGUUAUUACAGAAACUAGGAUGCAGUCUAAAAUUAUAGACCUUUGGGGGGAAAAAAGCGUCUUCAGUCGUUAGACUAAACUUAUAUAUCACCAGGUGUUUGGUGAUAGAUUUUAAGAGGUGUAUUAAGCUUGUGUUAAGAA